CAGAGUUGUGUUGCUGGGUUUGAGGGUGUGACUGUGAUCGUGGUUUAGGGUUUUAUUUGGGGAUUAGCCCUACUCCGGUUGUAACUUGUAAUAAAUCAGAAUCAGAAUCAGAAUGGGUGGUGGAUCAGUGAAAGAUGUGCAGUCGAAAAAGGAGCUCCAUGAGGUGGUUCACGGCGGCGCUCCAGUGGCGGUGCACUUCUGGGCGUCCUGGUGCGAAGCCUCCAAGCACAUGGACCAACUCUUCUCUCACUUAUCCACUGACUUCCCUCACGCCCACUUCUUAAGGGUUGAAGCGGAAGAGCAACCAGAGAUAUCCGAGGCUUAUUCCGUCUCUGCUGUCCCUUUCUUUGUCUUCUUCAAGGAUGGCAAGACCUUUGAUACAUUGGAAGGAGCAGAUCCGUCAAGUUUGGCCAAUAAGGUUGCUAAAGUAGCAGGCUCAAUCCACCCUGGAGAAGCUGCUUCUCCUGCCAGUCUUGGGAUGGCUGCAGGAGCUGCUGUUCUUGAAACAGUGAAAGAAUUAGCAAAAGAAAAUGAUUCUUCCAAGGCAAAAGGUCAAGUUCAACCCGGGCUUGGUGCUCCACUGGAAAAGCGAUUGCAGCAACUCAUCGACUCUAAUCCUGUCAUGCUUUUCAUGAAAGGAACACCCGAAGAACCAAAAUGUGGGUUUAGCCAAAAAGUUGUUGAUAUUUUGAAGAAAGAAAAGGUUAAGUUUGGAACUUUUGACAUCCUGUCAGACAUGGAGGUUCGUGAUGGCUUGAAGAAGUUUUCCAACUGGCCUACAUAUCCUCAACUUUACUGCAAAGGAGAACUUCUGGGUGGAUGUGACAUAGCGAUUGCUAUGCAUGAGAGUGGGGAAUUGCAGCAGGUUUUUAAAGAUCAUGGGGUUGAUACCACUGAUGAAACAAAAGUAACAGAAUCAGGAAAUGCCAAGGGUGGCAUUUCAAAAUCCACCGAUUUGAGCACUAACUUAACCUCUCGGCUGGAAAGCUUGGUAAAUUCAAGUCCAGUUAUGCUGUUUAUGAAGGGAAAACCGGAGGAACCAAAGUGUGGAUUCAGUAGGAAGGUGGUUGAUAUUCUCCAACAAGAGAAUGUGAACUUUGAGAGUUUUGACAUUCUUUCUGAUGAAGAAGUUCGUCAAGGGCUUAAGGUUUAUUCGAACUGGUCCAGUUAUCCUCAACUAUAUAUCAAGGGAGAGCUUAUUGGUGGAUCAGACAUUGUGCUGGAGAUGCAAAAGAGUGGAGAACUUAAGAAGACUUUACAUGAGAAAGGUAUUCUUCCCAAAGAGAAUCUUCAAGAUCGUCUGAAGAAAUUAGUUGCUUCUUCACCUGUGAUGCUUUUCAUGAAGGGUACCCCAGAUGCUCCGCGAUGUGGUUUUAGUUCCAAAGUUGUGGGUGCCCUUCGAGAUGAGGGUGUGAGUUUCGGGUCCUUUGACAUAUUGAGUGAUGAGGAGGUGAGACAGGGAUUGAAGACAUUCUCAAACUGGCCUACCUUUCCUCAACUCUACUACAAAGGUGAGCUGAUAGGUGGAUCCGACAUUGUGAUGGAGCUGCGGAAUAAUGGGGAGCUGAAGUCAACCUUAUCUGAGUAGGUUUAUUAUUAGUAGUACAUUUAAUAACGGGUUAUACUUAGAAGCCAUUUUGGUGGUGUAUUGAAUCUUGAUUCUUGAAUGAGUUUGAUGACAUUUUAUAUGGCAAAUUUUGAUGCUGAGUCA